GGAGCCGCAUCUCCCGGCGGCGCCGCCGCAGCGCAGCAGCAGCGCCGGCAUUUUCAGCCUCGAGGCGGGGCCGGCAGCGCGGAGGGAGCGGCGGGGACCCCGCCUGGGCCCCGAUGAGAGCAGCUCCGGCUCCCGGCGAUCCCUCGCGGCCCAUGUCCGGAGCUCCCGCGCCUGAGACGCGCCCGUGACGGCCCCUGACACGCCAGUGACACGCCUGUGCCAGCCUGUGCCAGCCUGUGCCAGCCCGUGCCCCCGCAGCCCUGCCCAGCCCGCGCCGCUUCGCCCCGCGCCUGGGGCCCGCUGCAAGGCAGGACAUGGACUCCAUGUUCGAGGACGACAUCAGCAUCCUGACGCAGGAGGCGCUGGGGCCGGACGAGGACUGGCUGGACAGCCCCAACACCGACCUGUCGGGCGAGAUGUGCUCGGCCUCGCACUUCGCCCUCAUCACCGCCUACGACGACAUCAAGAACCGGCUCACGGGGCUCGAGAGGGAGAACUCCACGCUCAAGCGCCGCCUCAAGAUGUACGAGGUCAAGUACCCCCUGAUCGGUGAGUUCGGCGAGGAACACAUCUUCUCCCUCUACGAGGCCAAGGAGAACUCGCUGCUCAAGAGCGAGAAGGCGUCGCUGCAGCAGCAGCUCAACCAGUUCCAGCACGAGCUGCAGAAGAGCAAAGAGCGGGAGGAGCAGCUGGAGGAGAUGAUCCAGGCCUACGAGAAGCUGUGCGUGGAGAAGGCGGACCUGGAGACGGAGCUGGGAGAGAUGCGGGCGCUGGUGGAGACGCACCUGAGCCGCAUCCGGAGCCUGGAGCAGCAGCUGCGGCAGCGCGACGGCGGCGCCUUCCCCGCGCUGGGCGCCCAGGACGUGCCGUUCAUGGCCCUGCACCCCGGGCCCGGGCUGAGCCACGUGCUGGAGCGCGCCGCGGGCUGGCAGAGCCGCGGGCUGGAGGCCGAGCUGGAGGCGGCGCGCCAGGAGAACCAGCGCGCCCAGCACCGCGAGGAGCAUCUCAAGGCCGAGUGCGAGAGGCUGCAGGCCGAGCUCAAACACCUGCAGGACAGCCGCGAGCAGGAGCAGUCGGAGCGGGACAUGGCCUGGGUGAAGAAGGUGGGCGACGACCAGGUGAACCUGGCGCUGGCCUACACGGAGCUGACGGAGGAGCUGUGCCGCCUGCGCAACCUCAGCUCGCUGCAGAGCCAGAUCCUGCGGGCGCUGCUGCAGGACAAGAGCCUCAACGGGGGCCAGCGCCACUCGCCGCUGUCGCAGUGCCACUCGCCGGCCCAGCAGCGCCGCUCGCCCGCCCCGCAGUGCCCCUCGCCCGUCCCGCCGGGCCGCCCGCAGUGCCAAUCGCCCGCCCUGCAGCGCCGCUCGCCGGGACCCCCGAGCCAGUCUCCGGCCCAGCAGCGCCGCUCGCCCGCGCCCCCCGGCCCGUGCCAGUCGCCAGCCCAGCAGCGCCGCUCGCCGGUGCCGCCGCCCAGCCAGUCCCCGGGGCAGCAGCGCCGCUCGCCCGCGCCGCCGCCGCCGCCCUGCCCGGCGCCGGGAUCCCCGCACCGCCUGCCCGCCGAGCGCGUGGAGCUGCCCUACGCCAAGCCCUCGAGCCGCCACAUCAAGGCCGGCUUCCAGGGCCGCCGCAGCUACUCGGAGGUGACCAACGUGGCGCUGUACCAGCAGAGCCGCUCGCUCUGGCUGCAGCCCGAGGCCUCCACGCUGCCCAAGCACCGGCCCUACGGCGAGGUCUACCUGGGGGCCGCGGGGGCCCCGCUGAGCGCCCACGAGCCCUUCGAGGAGCACGUGCGCUUCGAGAAGCAGUCGUCGGACGAGGAGGAGUGGGCGCUGCCCAGCCCGCCCAGCCCCGAGGCCGGCGCCAUCCGCUGCGCCUCCUUCUGCGCCGGCUUCCCCGCGCCCGACGCCGACGCCGCGCACCGGACGGCGGCCGCCUACGCCCGCGCCGAGCACGCCCAGUCCUGGCCUUCCAUCAACCUGCUGCUGGAGACGGUGGACUCGGAGGUGCGGAGCUGCCCGCUGUGCCAGCUGGCCUUCCCCAUCGGCUACCCGGACGAUGCCCUGGUCAAACACAUCGACUCGCACCUGGAGAACAGCAAGAUCUGAGCCUCGCCCCCUUCCCCACCUUUGGAUGCUGCAUGGAAACACACCGGGAGUGCCCGCCUCCCGAAAUACCUCCAAGUCUUCAGUAGCUACGGACAGACUGAGCCCCCCCGGCCCCACCCAGAGCCCCCGGAGCCCCCGGCCCGCUCCGAGCGGGUUCACCCCCCAUUCCAGGGGUACCGGGAUCGCCGCCGAGCCCCCCGGAGCCCCCGGCCCGCUCGGAGCCGGUCCAUCCCCGCCCGCCCCACUCCCAUGCCAGGCUCGGGUGCUGUGCCCGCGGUACCCUGGUCACGCCGUGCCAGGCUCAGGGCCUCCAGGGUCACACCGUGCCAGGCUCGUGUGCUCCAGGGUCACUCCGUGCCAGGCUCGGGGGCUCCAGGGUCACGCCGUGCCAGGCGGUGGCCGCAGGGGACCCGUGUGUGCCCCUGGGUGUCCUCUGUCCCCUCGAGUGUUGCUGCUCGAUCUCAGGGAGGAUCCGAGGGGCCGAGCCCCCAGGAAGCAGGAGAGGG